AUGCGGGAAAGAAUGGGUGUGAUUGAAAGAGAGAUCGAGAAGGAGGAGGGUGUAGCAGGGGUGGCGAUAGGUGGUAUUAGGGCAACGCAAGGAGCCGAGGGCGGACCUGGUGGUCGGAAAUCCAUUCAAGAAGUGGAUGAAUCUACAGGAAAUCAAUGGGAGUUCUCCCUGUACUUGCUGCAUUAUCACUUCCGAAGGCAAAACAGGAAAAAUCAAUUUCAUCGGGAUAAUUAUAGACGAGCUUGGAAGAUUAAACUCGAUUCAAGAAGUGGGACUACAUCGAUCAUUGAUGUACCAGGGGUGGUUAGGGAUCGCUAUUUGUGCUGGAAGUCGAGUUUUUUAUGA